UCCGGUUCCGGGUCAUGCUUCUGGAAUUUUCAAGAAAAAUCACCGGCAUUUCGGGCAUAUAAAACGCUAAUCGUGACUUUAAUUCUGGUUUGAUCGUCUUAAAAAUGGCAAAGUGGGGCGAAGGAGAUCCUAGGUGGAUCGUCGAAGAACGACCGGAUGCCGCAAAUCCUAAUAAUUGGCAUUGGACUGAGAAGAAUGCCAGUCCGUGGUCGAGGGAGAGGAUAAAAGAUCUCUUGGAUGGCUUGAAAGUGGAGACGGAGGAAGGGUGUUGUCAGAUCAGUGAGGUUUCCAAGAUCGAGGGAGAAGCUUGUGCAAACAACAGGAAAGGCAAACUUAUAUUUUUCUACGAGUGGGAAGUGACGGCUGAAUGGUCAGGUUUUCUGAAUUCAGACCCUAAGACCAAGUAUAAAGGGAAACUGGAGGUUCCAAAUCUGAGUGAUGAAAAUGAUGCUAGUGAGCUUGAUGUCUCGGUGACAGUGACCUCUACCAAGGACGACGCCCAUAAAGUCAAAGAGAUCAUGUGGCUAAAGGGCAGCGAGCUCGUCAAAGAACAAUUGGGAAAAUAUAUCAAAGACUUAAAAACAGAAUUCAGUCAAGGAAUGAUUCUGCCAACUAAAAACCAAGGAAAUGACAAUGCUGCCAAUGACAAUACUGUAAAACCAGUGGAAACUCAAAAUAAGACAGUGAAAAAAGAAGUGAAGAAAACGAUCAAUCAACCAAUUCUCAAAGCUGUCCAGGCGGCUGGCCUUGGUGUGAAGAUUCCAACGAAGAUACUGACAAUGACUGAACAGUUUCAGUGUUCUCCUGCUGAUCUCUAUCGGGCAUUAACAGUUCAAGACAUGGUGCAGGCAUUUACUCGCGAGGCUCUCUCAGUGUUCGAGGUGAAAAAGGGAGGGAGGUUUGUGCUAUUUAAUGGAAACGUCAGUGGAGAAUUUACAGAUUUGGUCCCUGGCGAAAAAAUUUCAAUGCGAUGGCGCAGGAAUGAUUGGCCAAAGGAUCAUUAUUCUGAUGUAAAAAUGGAAAUAUCUCUCAAACUAAAUCAGACAGAACUAAAACUAACACAAACUGGUGUUCCUGCUAGCCACUUUGACAGUACGAAAGAUGGCUGGUCGCAGUACUACUGGUUUGGUAUAAAACAUACAUUUGGAUAUGAUCCAAAACUCUUCUGAUGGAAGUUUAUGGAAUGGAGCAUUUGCUAUCUCUUUCAAGAACAGAUCAGUUUGUGACUGGUAUUCAAAGAUUUCAUGAAAGCGGCAGCUUCAAGCUUGGUUUGGAGCGAAUUCUCUGCCUGUUAUCCUGUUAGCUGACGGUUCUUGUUCUUGGAUAAGAUAUCAAUUCUGCUCAACUCUUAGGCAAUUUAAUCAUUCUGUGACCAGUUAAUGUGUGGAAUAUGCUAGAGAAAUGAGUUUCUUCGUGGACUUGUGCUGUUCACAAGGUUAAUGUUGAUAUAAUACUACAAAUUGCAUAAUUUGUCAUGGGUAGACCAGAUUUCAAAUUUGGACAGUUUUAACCUGUCUAAAGUUUUCAACAACUUAGUAUGUUAAUUCAGUGCCAACAUUGGCUUAGGAUUGUAAAGUGCAGUAUACAUUGAGUGAGUGUUCUCCCAACCUUAUAGUAUGUGCUUGAGUACUAUUUCCUCGUGUCAUGUCAGAGGAUUGGACGAGGUCAGUUUCCCAAUUCUACACUAACACAGGUUAUAUGUUGGGCUUCAUCAACUUCAUUUGAGCACGGUCAACUUUUAUGCCAAGUUUAUACAUGUAAUGCUCAAUUUGUUUUUGUGAUUUCUGUUCAUGCAGUCAAUUCUUUCUUUUCAAAUAUACAUAUAUCAAAGAUACACAUGUACGUGUACAGUCAUGAUUGAUGGUUUUUGCAACAAUUCCACGGAAUGUUUACAAAUGUGGCGAAACAGAUGUAAGAUUUAGAAGCAAGAGUUAUGUAUAGUGUGCUGGCAUUUUCAAAAGCCGAGGUGAAAUUGAAAGGUCUUGUUUAUGCUUGGGAAGUUAUCCAACGUUUUGUCAACAUUUACAUGUUUAUUGGAUUAGAGCUUCAUUUCAUUUCAAACGCCUUUGAAAUGUAAAGUUUGGAUAUCUAGCAAUGUCUUGGCUUAGUUGAAACUAAUUUAUAUGGAUUCACAUGUCUCGUCAAUACUGGUACAUAAUGAAAUACAAUGACAUGUUUGUAUAAUA